AUGUCCUUGUCAAAACUUUCCUGGAGUCAUAUCGGUCCUCACCAUCCAUUCCCGGAAAAACAGAAAUUCCACGGCUGUUACCAGGACGCUCUUGACCCGUCAGCUUUUCUCCGCCCACUAGGCUUGUCAAUAUCGGCAGCUUUUGCCCCAGGACCUCCCGCCAUGAGCAACUCCAGCAACAUGAACGCGCUCUCCCCAGACGAGAUGCAGCGGUUUCAGAAGCUCUCCAAUGAAUUUCAGCCAGAUGUACCGGGGCUAUUGGUCUCGCCGAAACAAUCAAGUCACCACAUUGCCUUGGACUAUGCCAAUGCAGAUCCCACGUUCGCUACAAAAACAUCCGCACUUGCCGUCACACACCCAAUGACUCGCGUCAUGAAGGGUGAUGGAAACUGUGGAUGGCGAGCCGUGGCUUUUGGCUAUUUUGAGACCCUCUUUUCCCUUAGAGAUAUCCUGCGCGUAGAGCAGGAACUUGCUCGCCUCAAGUCCCUCACUUACACUCUGGAUCGCGUUGGCUACGCAGAGCAUCUGUAUGAGAUGUUCAUCGAUGCCACGGAAGAGGUCUUUGCGCAGACUUCAGAGGCUAUCCAGAAUGGCGAUCAAGACGAGUCUUUCCUGAUUAACGCCUUCAACGACGAAUACAAGUCAAAUUCCAUCCUGAUGCACUUCAGACUUUUGACCAGCGCUUGGAUGAAGCUCAAUCCAGUACGCUAUCAAGCAUUCCUGCCUGUCCCGUUGGAACAAUACUGCGCCUCGGAGAUUGACACAGUGAGAACCGAAAUUGAUGAAGUCGGCCUGCAGGCCUUGGUGGACGGUAUAAUUCAGGGUGCUGGGUUUGGAGUCGAAAUUCUGUAUCUCGACCGAAGCGAGGGCGAUGCCGUGACGCCGCAUCAGCUAUCGCCAACCUGUCCCAGCGAUGCAACGAUUCGUCUGCUGUACCGACCGGGUCACUAUGAUAUCAUCUACCGCGCCGAACAGACUGUGAAUAUGGCACCCGUGGUCAACUAUCAAUACGCAAUGACUUCUAACUAUUCUCCCUGGGACCAAGGUGCUCUCUCCUUCGACGUCAACUCCCACUUGAUGUCCAUUCCCAACUUGAUGGCCGACCCUGCAUUCGGUAUGGGCGGUGCCCCCAUGUCGCCAAUAGCCUCGGUCUCGCCAACCCCAACAAGCCCGUACCGCCUAUCUCCAACCCAGGAUAUGUACCAGUCACCCAUGCAGACCCAUGCACCUGUACCGUCCAUACCAGUGUCUUCGCCUACGCCUGCUAUCCCAUCUGCGGCACCCCCGCCGAUGACCUCUCUGCCGAGCCGGUCGUCGGAUGGACCACAAAUCCGCUUGAAUCCAUUGGUGAUGAAACCGAAUCUAAACCACCUGCCAGUGACGGCUCCGUUUAAAAAUUCGCCGUACAACCAGGCACAUUUCCGAAAUCAAGAUUUCGAACCGAUCCAUUGGGAACCGAACGAAAAUCGCAGAUGA